AUGGCUUGUUCCGAGGAAUGGAGCGGCGUUGAGUCCCAUGUUCAUACGUUGGGUGGCUCGGAGGUGCAAGAUUUGCAAAUUCUUCGCAUUGAGAGGAAUGAGAAUUGGCACCUCUAUUCCCAAUAUGCCAGCUACCGCAACGGCCUCGAAAAGCAGAACGAGAUGUACUUGUUCCGUGGGAGUCCCGACACGACGAAUCAGAUUAUGGAUGAUGGAAAAGGUUUUGAUACUGCCUAUGCCAGUCAGGAGUUCAACGCUUAUGGCGUUGGCAACUACUUUGCCGCGGACCUUCGGCUAUCGUUGUUUUUCAUUCGUGAGCAACCUGGGCGCGAGCGGCAAGUUAUGUUGUGCCGAGUUGCUUGUGGAAAGAUUGGGACCAGGGACCGUGUGCUUCUGCAAGGUGCAACAGCACAGGACUGGAGAGCUGCCCUCAUAAGGCCCGAGAACAAGCAAGCCCCUGAUGGUUGCCAGUCAGCGACUUCAAGACACAGGAGAGAACUAGUGGUCUACAAGCAGAACCAUGCCCAUCCAGCGUACAAGAUCACUCUCUUGUACACGGAGCCUAUCCGGAAUCCGUACGACCACCCUGCCUUGUUCAACCAGCUGCUGGCUGGAGGAAGUGCG